UCCCGGGGCAGAGCAUGCCCGAGCCCCCGGGGCGCUGAGCCGGGCAGGGCAGGGCGGACUGGGGGGGGUCCCGGUGGAUGGACCCCCCCAGGGCACACCCCGAUGUCGGCGGCACUGCUGCUGUGGCUGCUGCUGCUCCGCUGGGCCAGCGCCGGGGGCUCCGGCCGGACGUGGCAGCACUGCACAGAGCUGCGCCCGCUGGACGUGCUGGCGGAGGCGGUGCCGCCCGGGGCCCCGGCCCGCGGCGUGCGGGUGCUGCGGGCUCGGGGGCUGCUCGGCCUGCAGCUCUCGGCCUCGCCGCCCCGCGCCCUGGCCUUCCCCGCCUCGCGGCUCUUCGUCCACUGCGACCGCUUCCCCGAGGAGUUCUCCAUCAUCGCCACGCUGCGGGCGCUGCGCCGCCCCGCCAAGAGGAACGAGUACAUCUUCACGCUGAUGGCCGAGGGGAGCCCCAGCGUGCUAGUGGGGCUGCGCUACGCCCCCGACAAGCUCCACUUCCUCUUCUGGAGCCAGGAGCGCGCCGGCGGCUGGCAGACCCGCGUCACCUUCCCCAACGUGUCCCUCUCCGACAACCAGUGGCACACGCUCGUCCUGGCUGUCUCCGGCCAGUCCUUCUCCUUGACCGUGGACUGCAGCGUCCCCAAGGAUGUGGUGGUGGAGACUCCAUUUCCAGCCUCGCUGUCGGUGAGGAGAGCCAGCUUCUACCUGGGCAGCAGGCGGAGGAGGAAAGGCGUGUUCACGGGCUUGCUGAGACAGCUUGUGCUGCUGCCAGGAGCUGAUGCCACCCCCCGGAUAUGCCACGCUGUGAACUUCAAAGUAGCAACGCUCUCUGUCCCCAGUGUCCUCCAGGAUGUCCCUGCCAAGCCAGUGAGCAACGAGGUGCUCAAAUACCCCUACGAGACUGACAUGAAGGUGACCCUGGGGGCCCGGCCACGCUGCUCCAAGCAGGAGAAGGCUCAGUUCUGGUUCAACGCCUCCCGCCGAGGGCUGUACCUCUGCAACGGCAGCGCCUGGCUCUCCAUGCUGGAAGUCCAACAGAGGCUGGACUACGUGGAGGAGUACCAGAACCUGGUGACCAACUCGGAGACGAUGGGCAUCGAGGUGUUCAGCAUCCCCAGGCUGGGGCUCUUUGCAGCCAUGGCCAACCGGCUCACGCCACCGGGCUCGGCCAUCUACAGGUGGACUGAGGGCAAGUUUGUGCACUACCAGAACAUCCCCACCCACCAAGCUCAGUCCUGCAAGUAUUUCACCAUUGGGAAGAAGAUCUUCCUGGCGGUGGCGAAUUUUGAGCAGGAUGAGAGGGGUCAGGAGUUCUCGGUGAUCUUCAAGUGGAGCCGCAGGAAAGCCAAGUUCGUGGCGUACCAGCGCAUCAGCACGCACAGCGCCAGGGACUGGGAGGCCUUUGUCAUCCAGGGAGAGGCUUUUCUUGCUGUGGUCAACCACAGAGAAGGGAACAACCACAAUAUAGACAGUGUGAUAUACAGGUGGAACCCCAGGACAAGGCUGUUUGAAACUAACCAGACCAUUCCUACCUCUGGAGCCUACGACUGGGAAUUCUUCACCAUCGGACCGUAUUCCUUCCUGGCUGUAGCUAACACCUUCAAUGGCACAUCCACCAAGAUCUACUCACACAUCUACAUCUGGCUCCGUGGCUCUUUCCAGCUCUUCCAGUCUAUCCUGACAUUUGGUGCAGCCGACUGGGAGGUUUUUCACAUUGGGGACAGAGUCUUCCUGGCUGUUGCCAACAGCCACAGCUAUGACAGCGGGAUGCCAGCACCCUCCAACUUCUAUGCCAUCAACUCCUCCAUCUAUGAGCUGAACAUCACGGCCCAGAUGUUUGUUAAAUUCCAGGACCUUCUCACCUACAGUGCCCUGGACUGGGAGUUCUUCUCAGUGGGAGACGACUCUUUCCUGGUGGUGGCCAACUCCUUCGAUGGCUUCACCUUCUCUGUCAACAGCAUCAUCUACAGGUGGCAAGGCUACGAGGGCUUCGUGGCAGCCCACCAGCUCCCCACGGUGGGCUGCAGGGACUGGGAGGCGUUUCACACCGCUGAGGGCUCCUACCUGCUCUACUCCAGCGCCAGGGAGCCGCUCUCCAAGGUGCUCCGGCUGAAAACCACCUGAGGCAGCUGAGACACGCCGGGACCAGCUGGGCUGCCAGGUGGAGAUGGACCACAGAGCCCGGGAAUGGCUCAGCAUCAGCUGGGCUGGCUGGCUGAAUGCUCUGCAGGAAGGGAGGAGGAGGAGGAGGGAGCUCCAGGCUCCCUGCAGCCUUGUCCAGGCGCUGUUUCUCCUGGGAAAGCUCUGCCACCAUGCUCCAUGUCCUACCCAAGGUUGCUGGAGGCUGGGUGCACCCCCUGGCUUACCAGGGCCAUGGUGCUUGGCAGUUUCCAGUCCCCAGGAGGGACCCAGAGCUGCCAGCAGCUGUGGCCAAAGCUUGCACAAAGCCAGGGAAGGAAGAGGCAGAGCAGAGCAUGAGCUGCUGGGAUGGGUGCAUGGCAGAGGGGAGUAAACUGUGAGAAAUUGUGGGGAAAAGCGUGUCCAGGCUUGGCUCUGCCUGCCUGGGGCUGUGAUGCUCCUGAGGACCAUCUGGUUUGACACUGCAGCCAUUCUUGUCACCUCCAUGCCACUGCCACAGGUGCCUGCCCACCCUGCCACUCUGCCAUGGCUGGGUUGGGUCUCCCUCAAGUGUUGUGUGUGUUCUGCAGACCUGUUGGUGUGCUCGAGGGCCAGUGCUGGUCCUUGCUGGUCCGUGCACCUUUGUGUGGGGUUAGGGACCCCUGAGAAAACCUGCUUUACAUUUGGACCCAUCCAGCUACCACGGGAGUGGGAAAAACCCAAACCUGCUUCAGGUGAAA